GCGAGAUCAGACCGGCGAGAUGUAUGUGGAUGUGGUUUGGGUCGCUGUGACUCUGCUGUCCUUCCCCGUGUUGGCGCUAUGCGACCCACUAAACGUCAUGAUUGCGCCGAACCUGCUGCGUGUGGGCACCCCUGAGAAAGUGUUUGUUGAGGUGCAGGACCAGGUCGGAAAUGCAGUUGUACCCGUAAGGAUUAGCGUGAAGAACUACCCGCGCCCGACCAAUGACCUGGCUUCGGUAUCGGUGGUCCUGACUCAGGCGAACAACUACCAGGGACUCGUAUCCAUCAAGAUUCCCGACGACAGGGACUUCUUCACCGACGACCCACUGGAGAAGCAGUACGUCUACGUGCUGGCCGAGUUUCCCUCCAUCCAGCUCGAGAAGGUGGUCAUGGUGUCCUUCCAGUCCGGCUACAUAUUCAUCCAGACGGACAAGAGCAUCUACACCCCCAACACCAACGUUAAAUACAGACUCUUCUCGUUGACUCCUGACCUGCAGCCCAUACAGAAGAGUCUAGCUCUGAUUGAAAUCCUAAAUCAUCAAAGGAUCCCGAUACACGCGGAAACCAAAUCCAUCGAAGAAACGACAACCGGAAUGUUUAAAAUCCCCGAGGUUGCCAGUCCGGGGAUCUGGUCUGUGGUAGCACGGUACAAGAACACCCCACAGAAGAACUUCACCGCUCAGUUCGAGGUUAAAGAAUACGUGCUACCAAGCUUUGAGGUGACCCUGACUCCAUCCAAGUCCUUCUUCUAUGUGGACGAUGAAGAACUCGAAGUGACGAUAAAGGCCAGGUACCUGUUCGGAGAGAAAGUCGAGGGAGUCGCCUACGUGGUGUUCGGGGUGAUCCAGGAUGGCGCGAAGAUCAGUCUGCCAGCUGCACUGAGCAGGGUGUCGAUACACAAAGGAGAGGGGAAAGCAACACUGACCAGAGAGAUGAUCCAGCAGUCCUUUGACAUCAAUAAACUGGUUGGCGACUCUUUGUACAUAUCGGUCAGCAUUUUAACUCAAAGUGGUAGUGAAAUGGUGGAAGGACAGAGGAACGGCAUUCCCAUUGUGACAUCACCCUACACCAUACACUUCAAACACACCCCCCAGUACUUCAAACCUGGAAUGUCUUUUGAUGUCAUGGUUUACGUGACCAACCCGGACCAGACACCCGCCAAACACGUGGAUGUGGUGGUCAGUCCUGGAGAGGUGAGGGGCCGGACUAAAAGUAACGGCAUAGCCAAGGUGAUGAUAAACACCCAGCCGGGAAUAUCGACCUUCACCAUCACCGCGAAGACGGACGACCCGCACAUAUUGAAGACGAGGCAGGCCGAGAGCCAGAUGACCGCCAGGGCCUACGCCACUAAAGACGGUUCCAGCAAUUACAUUCACAUAAGUAUAGACAAAACGGAGCUGCAGGUUAACGAUCCGAUGACCUUCAAUCUGCAGUUCGGCCGGAGCAUGGUCCAGAAACAGGACUUCACUUACCUGCUCCUCAGUAAAGGUCAGAUUGUUAAGGCGGAGCGGUUCAAGGGAGAGGGGCAGUCGCUGAUCUCCAAAUCAAUCGUCGUGACCAAGGACCUGGUCCCGUCCUUCCGACUGGUGGCGUACUACCACGUGGGAGCCAACGAGGUGGUGGCCGACUCCACCUGGAUCGACGUGAUGGACACGUGCAUGGGAUCGCUGAAGUUAACAGUGAAGGACAAGGACCAAAAGCCAAGUUCGAAUUUCGAGCCAAGCGAAGAGUUUAAGCUCGAUGUGACCGGCGAUCCGGGUGCCAAGGUCGGCCUGGUGGCCGUGGACAAGGCCGUUUUCGUGCUGAACAAAAACAGACUCACUCAGACCAAGGUCUGGGACAUCAUUGAGAAGCACGACACUGGAUGUACGGCCGGGAGCGGUAAAGACAGCAUGGGAGUUUUCUAUGACGCAGGGCUGAUGUUCGAGUCCGAUAAAGCAGGAGGAACCCAGUCGAGAACAGAUCUCAAGUGUUCGAGUCCACCGAAGAGGAAACGGAGAGCCCAAACCGAGGAAGACGACGACGACUUCCUAAGCGAAGAUGAAAUCACGAGCAGGACGCAGUUUCCCGAGAGCUGGCUCUGGGAGGACAUAACCCUGCCAACCUGCCAAGGUGGCAAAUGCGAGAUGACAAGUUUCACCAUGAGCAAAUACUACAUGAAGGACUCCAUCACUACCUGGCAGUUCUUGGCCAUCAGUCUGUCCAAUACCCACAGCAUCUGCGUGGCUGAUCCUCUCGAAGUGGUGGUCUCCAAAAAUUUCUUCGUGGAUCUUAGGCUACCGUACUCUGCGGUGCGCAAUGAGCAGAUCGAAAUUAAAGCCAUUCUGCACAACUACUCCAGGAGAAAACAAAGGGUGAAAGUGAACUUCCUCGAGACGCCAAACAUUUGCAGUGGGGCCAGUAAGAAGGGCAAGUACACUACCAUAGUUUAUGUCGACUCCAUGUCUACCAGAGCCGUCCCGUACGUGAUCAUUCCCAUGGAGAUCGAUGAAUUUACUAUAGAGGUACAAGCGAUGACCCCAGAAUUCAUCGAUGGAGUGAGGAAGACUCUGAAAGUGGUGGCUGAAGGCGAACUGGUUGAGAAGGUGCUGCUAAACCAGGAGCUCAAUCCCUCAAAAGCUGCCGGUGGCAUUCAGCGCGUGGAGGUGAGAGGUUCCGAACCAGAUGGGAGGAUUCCAAAUACACCCGCUAACACAUACAUCAUUGUGUCCGGUCAGGAGAUGAGUCAGACGGUUGAGCAAGCUAUCAGCGGAGACUUCAUGGGGCGUCUGAUCGUGCAGCCCCGCGGCAACGGCGAAGAGAACAUGAUCUUCAUGACGCUGCCUCUUAUCGCUACGCACUACCUGGACAGCACCAAUCAGUGGGAGUUUGUCGGCAUGCAGCACCGCAGCGAAGCUGUCAAACACAUCAAGACAGGUUAUGAUCAAGAGCUGGCUUACCGUAAGCCGGACGGAUCCUAUGGCGCGUGGAUUCACCACCCCAGCAGCACGUGGUUGACGGCGUACGUGGCUAAAGUCUUUGCGUUGGCCAGUGACAUCAUUUCCGUACAAAAUGGCGUUCUCUGCAGCGCCCUUAAGUGGCUGAUUCUGAAUGGGCAAAUGUCGGACGGCAUGUUUAAAGACAGCGCCCCGGUGAUCCAGGGCGAGAUGGUCGGUGACGUGCGGGGUAAGGACGCUGACGCAUCUCUGACGGCUUUUGUCCUCAUAGCCAUGCAGGAAGGGAGCAGCCUCUGUGAGAAGUCAGUUUCUAGUCUUCCCGGAAGUAUGAAAAAGGCUACUGACUAUUUGGAAAGGACACUUCCUACUCUGACCAAUCCGUACACCGUUGCCAUGACUUCUUAUGCCAUGGCCAAUGCGGGCAAGUUCAACAGAGACCUCCUGAUGCGGCAUUCUUCUGAAGACGGUACUUUCUGGAGAGUUUCUGGACAGCCUCACUUCUCCCUGGAGGCUACAGCCUAUGCCCUCCUGGCGCUGGUGAAGGCGAAAGAUUUCGAAGGUGCAGGAAAGGCUGUGAAGUGGCUUAACAGGCAAAGUACUCACUACGGGGGCUCCGGUACCACCCAGGCAACCAUCAUGGUCUUCCAAGCUGUGGCUGAGUACUAUAAGCAAGUGAGAUCAUUUCAGAAUGUGGAAUUGAACAUAGAGUUGUUCGUGAGUAAAUGGAGCAAACCCAACAAAUGGAGCAUCACCAGGAGCAACAUGCACCUUACUCGCUCGAAGAAGGUUUUGCUCACGGAUGACUUUAACCUUACCGCUCAGGGAACCGGCGUGGGAUUUAUCAAGGUGGUGACGCUCUACUAUGUCAGACCUCUGGACAACCCAGGAGACUGCAAAGCCUUUGACCUCUCUGUUAGGAUGGAGAAACAACCUUCAGACAAAGAGAAAGAAAAGUACUUGGUGACCAUCGAUUUUGUGUACAAAAAGGAACGAAGGGACGCCACUAUGUCUAUUCUGGACAUUGGUUUGCUGACAGGAUUUGUGGUAGAUAAAGAGGACCUCAAACUUCUUACCACCGGCAAGGACAAAUAUGUUCAGAAGCUUGAGAUGGACAAGCAGCUUUCAGAAAAAGGCUCCCUCAUCCUUUAUUUAGAUAAGGUCAGUCAUAAAAUGCAAGAACGGAUCGUUUUCAGCAUGACCAGAGAAACUAAAGUCAGUUAUCUUCAACCGGUCGCGGUCUCUCUCUACGAGUACUACUCUCCAGAACGAUGUGUGAAGUAUUACCAUCCAGAGAAGAUAGAUGGAGCCCUGAGCAGACUGUGUGCUGACCAGGAGGGCUUGUGCCAGUGCGCUGAAGAAAACUGCAGCUACCAGAAGAAAAAUAGAAUCAAGGACAACGAGCGAGAGACGAAAGCUUGCGAGGCUGGGAUGGAUUACGUGUAUAAAGUGCGAGUGACGAGUAUGAACCACAUGGCAGACACCAGCUUCUAUUACAUGAAGAUCCUGGAGGUCCUGAGGAAAGGUUCCGAUGCUAACGUGUGCGGUCAGGAGCGGCGCUUCAUAGGUAACCCCAACUGCAUCGAGUCUUUCGGAUUCGAGGAAGGAAAGACCUACCUCAUCAUGGGAAGGAGCGACGACCUGCCGAUGGUCGACAGAAAGUUGCAGUACAUCCUGGGCGAGCAGACCUGGAUCGAAUACUGGCCCACCGGGGAGGAGGGUCAAACCCCGGAGUACAAAGACAGAUACGUGGGAAUCAUUUCGCUGGCUUACACUCUCACCUACUUUGGAUGCACCACAUAAACUCUGUGGAUUUACGUCUUUAUUAUUGUUGUUGUUUUUUUUAUUGUCGUUCACUGAUCACCAAGAAGCUUCCUUUUGAAAUGUAAGAGCUUUCAGAUAUAAAAUUAAUAUAAAAGAAAGUAAUAAAUCAACUAAACCACCGUC